AUGCCAAAAGAUGGCGAAACGUCAGAUGUUACAGAGAACCUGUCCGAAACCCACAAACGAUUCGUACGAAAACGAGCUACUUUGAGAAGUUUGUUUACGAAAGAAGAUCGACGAGUGAAUGCCAUAAUCGACAGUGAAGAGCCUGAUUUAAAGACUUUAUACGUUGUCAAAGACAAGCUUGUGAAUGCCAAACACAGACUUCAAGAAUAUGAUGACAAAAUUCAAGAUCUCCUUAUUCAAAUGAAAGAUGAUCAGAGCUCUGAAUAUGAUUUUGAAGAAUGUGAUAUAAUAUCAGAUAAUCAUUCAUUGCUGUUAGCCCGCAUUGAUGAUUUCCUACAUGCUCUUGAAAAAACAAGUCAACUUUCUUCAUUAGCCGCUACCAAAUCAGCGCAGCACUCAUCUGUCAAACUACCAAAGAUAGGGUGGGUUUUGUUCUUCUUCUCAAUACCCAUGUUUUUUGUAGACGGUGUGCUCAUGCUAUAUUACAGUAUUCUAAAUAGGAAUCACAGUCUAGGAAAUGGAACUUUUGUAGAGAACAUUGCUUUAAAUAAACCUGUUAAUAGUAGCAGUAUGUUGAAAAACAAAUUCGCACCAUGUAAUGCCGUUGACGGACGGUUAACGGAAAUGGUUCAUACCCAGAAUUCUGACAUAGAAUGGUGGUGUGUUGAUUUAGAGAAAAUAUACAAUUUUCAAUCCGUCGUUCUAUACAAUAGAGAUGGUGACGUAGCCAUGAAGAAUAGACUGGCAGGAUUCGAGUUAAGGUUCAGUGAUAAUGGACAUUGCAAUAUAGAAACAUUUAAUGGAAGCCGAAUAUGUUACAAAGAUACUGAAGCAAUUGGUCUGCUAGUCUACAAUAUAACAUCAUGUAACCAACCAGGAGUCAGUUUCUCUUCAAGAUUUAUAUUUUUGAGUCCAAGAUCGGACAAAUAUCUUACUUUUCGUCAGUUGAUGGUAUUUGAACCGAUUGGUUAA